AGGGAGAGACGGCGGUGGACGUCGUGGAGUUGGUGGUGCGGGAACUGGAGACGGACCCCGUCUUCAACUCCGGGAGGGGGUCGGCUCUGACGAGGAAGGGGACGGUGGAGAUGGAGGCCAGCAUCAUGGACGGUCGGGGGAGGCGGUGCGGGGCCGUGUCCGGCCUCACCACCGUUAAGAACCCCGUCUCCCUCGCCCGCCUCGUCAUGGACAACUCCCCCCACUCAUACCUCGCCUUCGACGGCGCCGAGGAGUUCGCCAGAGACCAGGGUGUUGAAUUGGUGGACAACAGCUACUUCAUCACCGAAGAAAAUAUUGGCAUGCUGAAGCUAGCCAAAGAAGCCAACAGCAUCAUGUUUGACUACAGAGUCCCCCUGCUUGCGGCGGACACGUGCGGCGCAAGUGCGGGGCCGAUGGUGGUGACUGCAGAUGACGCGCUCCAGAUGAACGGCCUCCCAAUCAGCAUCUACGCACCGGAGACGGUGGGGUGUGUGGUCGUCGACCGCAAUGGGUGGUGCGCGGCUGCGACGUCUACUGGCGGGCUCAUGAACAAGAUGAGCGGCCGUAUCGGCGACUCCCCGCUGAUUGGGGCGGGGACGUACGCAUGCAACCUGUGUGCCGUGUCGUGCACUGGGGAGGGGGAGGCCAUCAUCCGCAGCACACUGGCUCGGGAUGUCGCCGCCGUCAUGGAGUACAAGGGCCUCGGCCUCCAGGAGGCGGUGCACUUUGUCAUGAAGGAGAGGCUUGACGAGGGCAAGGCCGGGCUCAUCGCGGUGUCGAGGAACGGGGAUGUGGCGUACGGCUUCAACACCAACGGAAUGUUCAGGGGAUGCGCCACCGAGGAUGGGUUCAUGGAGGUCGGCAUAUGGGAGUGAGCGACGAUCCGGUGACCCCAGCCGCGCGGCUCUUUAAUUGUGUGGAAUAUAAAUUAAUCAUGUGAUCGUCACUUGGUUAUCGCUCGAUGGCCUUAAUUAUGUACUCCUCCCUCCCUCCCUCUCUCUCUCUCUCUCUCUCUCUCUCUCUCUCUCUCUCUCUCUCUCUCUCUCUCUCUCUCUUGUUGGGUGUGAACUCGCUUGAGCAUUAAUAAAAUGUAAUGGGAAACUAAUUAAUUAUCUAAAUUUCCAGUUUCGCUCUUAA